ACAAGUUAUUCCUAUGUGAUCAAAUACAAUUUGUUCCCAGUGUAAUACUUUAUCAAUAGCAAUAUUUUUUUUUUAGAAAUGUAUAUGUAAUAUUAAAGACCACUUGUAUUGGAUAUUGAAAAUGUCUCAACGUAAUUCGAACACGCCUUUGGACGUUAGCAAACAACCAAAGAAACCUGCACCUCCGAUCCCCACACCCAGGAAUGCUUCAUGUUCACCACUCCCAGGUAAUGCAAAUGGAAUCACUGUCAGAAAGCAGAAAACGCCAAGACAAACAAAGAGUGAAGAUGCAGCAAAGGUGAUUAAAAUGAAUGAGGAAAUUUUAAGAUAUCGAAAAAAUCUUCAAGAAGGUUUUAAAAAUUCAAAUAAUGUGAAUGAUAAUUCACAACAAAAAGAUGCUGAUUUGAUGAAAGUCGAUGAAAUUCAAACAUUAAAAAAAGAUUUGCAAGAUUUAUUAGAGAAGAAUACUCAAUGGCAAGUAUACAAUGAGCAAAGGGAAGAUUAUGUACGAAGUUUGCAUGAAAAGUAUAAUACUUUGCAACACCAAUGUCAUCAUAUGCAUGAAAGAAUUGCUUCAUUAACAGACAAUCCAAAUCAGUUAUCUGAGCAGCAACGAAAAUAUUAUGAUGGUCUGCUAGUGGAAGCACGGCAGCAUCUACAAGUGAGUCGUGACGAAGCGACAAAAUGGAAACAAGAGUUGGAAAUAGCUAGCAAGAAAUUUGAAGAUGAAAAACUCAAGCUAAGAAGGGAAUUAGAACAUUGGAGAGUCAAAUAUGAUCGAGAAAGAAAUGCAAAUAUGAGUUUACAAAAGGAAAUGGAAAGACACAAAAAACAGAAUUACGAUAGUUACAACAAAGAAAACUUGGAUGAAAUAUCAAUACUGAAAAUGGAAAUGGGAAAAUGUAGGGAAGACUUCAAACUAGAACGCCAGAGGAGAGAAGAUAUUGAAAGAAGAUUAAAUGGCCUUCAAAGGAAAUUUAGAGAUUCAGAAAUUUCCUCCCAAAAGAAAAGAUCUGAUCAUUUGAUGGAGUAUGAACGUGAUAGAACAUACAUUCCUAAUACAUCUCAUGAUGCUGCACGAAAUUGUCACGUUUCUCCACCUAAAGUUAAAAAAAUUACAAUCAGUCAUGAAAAAUCGCAAAGUAGGAUGCAUAAAGAACGAAAAUCUUAUCCUGCAGAACCUUUACCAUAUUCUUCUAGACAUGAGAGACCACACAAAGAAAGGUCAACGACAAAAAGGGAAGACAGAACCGGAAAAUUGAAGCAAAAUAAAAAAUUAAAUCAAACUUAUAGUGAGUUUGGACAUCAUCAUGCUGCUGAAGAAUUAAAAUGUCCAAAUUGUGGGAAAGUAUAUGGGGUAGAGGAACAUGAGUUUUUAUUGAUACACAUUGAUUCUUGUGUGUAGCACUCCUUACUCAUACACUAUAUAGUUCCAUUCUCAACUAAAAAUGUAGCUGCGUGCCACAAUCAUUUUAGUACCACAUUCAUAAAUUCAUAGCUAUGUCAAUAAUAAAAAAGAAGUUGGAUUACCAAUCAAUAAUUGCUUCUUGAUGCAGAUGAUUAGAAAAUAUUUAUCAUAGCUUUGCCGGAUAAAAUAUUGCUUGAACCAAAAGCUGCUCGUAGUAUAGAUAAAAAAAAGUUAGAAGUAAUAGAAUUUAAAUUUGUAUGAAUCCUAGAAAGAAACAAAGUAUGUAAUCUUUAUUUCAUGUGUCAUCAAGACGAGUCUUGAUUUGUGUAUUUCAGUAGCUUCUUUCUUCGCAGAGGGUAACUGAUUCAAAUCCUGAAUCCAAAUCAUAAGUUCACUCUGUAUAAGGGAUGGUUCCGGACUUCUUUGCAUACAACAUGCUUCAUUUUUUUUUGCAAAAAAUAAUACAGUUCGGGUAUUAAUAUUUAUUCUCCGUAUGAAUAAAAUAAGGUAAAAUUUUGAAAUUGCAAAAAUGAUUUAUUUGUUACACUGCAUUUUUGGUGUUUGUACUUGUUCUGAUGUUUAUUUUAACUUGGAUUGAGUUUUUCAGGAUUUUUUUUAUUCAGAGUAUUGCUGUCUUGUUGUUUUAAAAGAUCGCAAACACUUGGUUCACAUUUUUAUUUCUGUUUCGAGAAUUUUACCGCACUUUUUGCUGCUUUUGUUAAGUUCCAUAUUUGCUAAUUCAGGGGUCACCGUUGUUGUUUCUUUUAUAUGUGAAAUUUUACUGUUUUAUUCCAUAUUUGGCAUAAAUGCUCCCAACUCUUCACUGCCUUUUUUAUCACAAAUACAUUUGCAAUGAAUAUUUUAGGACCGCCUGUAGAUUUAGAUAAUGAAAAACUUGAAUACAUGAUUUUUGGUGUUAUCUACUUGGUUCAUUUUUACCUUGUCCAGAAAACAACUCGAUGGGAUGUUUUGAUUUUCUGGUGGAGGAAAAAUAAAAAUGGUACUUUAGAUUUAUUAUAUAUUUGGUAGAAUUUUUAUUUGAAUUAAGUCACUGAAAAUAUUAUUUUAUAUCUUUGUA